UUUGUUUACAUAGCGGUUAUCGCAGCAGCUCGCAGCACAUUUUAUGAUUUUAAGAAAAAAAAAAUCUUCAAUUAAAUUAAACCCUUUGUGUAUUCACCAAAAAUGUCCACCGACAGUAACGCACUGUCCGCCCUGUUCGACGACCAGGUCCCAAGCAAAGACAAACACUACGAGUUCGGAUUUGCGCUGCCCUCGCCGACACCUUCCAGCGUGGUUCAACCCAUGGACGUGGACAGUUCCGGAGGGCCACUGCAGCUGCUGCAGAGUCCAAUCAAGCAGGAACCCACCACAGUUCCGGAACAUCCCGGCGAAAAACGCCAGCGACUCAACGAUGGCCAGGUCAAACGAAAGAUACGCAAGUUAGCGGCGGAGGAGAGUCGUAAUCAGAAUCACCAGGGUGGUGGCGUCAUUGUUGGGGAGAGCCGGUUCCGGCAGUUGAUCGGAUUGCGGCUGUUGCUAAUUUGCUCGAGUGCCGUCGUGAUGGCCGUUUGCGUUGGUCUGCUGACGGACGAUAACGUGAGGAAAGAUUUCUACAAACGUUACAAGCGACAGUACGAGCUGUUGCUGUACGGUGCUGAGGAUUACUGCAGCCGGCAGUUGGACUUUUCCAACGUGACCCGAGCGUUGGAUGCCCAGUUGGUUGGACAACGGGACGCGGUUGAGCAGGUGUCGCGGGUCUUCUACGAUAACCGGCACCAGUUGUACUCUUCGUUAGCCCUUGUUGGUUCGGUCGGAGUUGGGAAAAGCCUGAUGGCCACCAUAAUCGCCAAGAACUUCCAGUGGAGGCCAAACGUACAUCGGUUCACCCUGUCUGUUAGUCCAAAUCCGGAUCAGCAGUACGCCCGCUUUCAGCAGUUUGUUCAAUCGCUCAGGAGCGCCCCGCUGGAACCCAAGUGUGGUCACAACCUGCUGAUUAUCGAUGGGCUGGGCUCGGCAGAUAUCGCCACGGUCAACAAAAUGGACCAACGGAUGGCAUUUGUUGCGACCAAGGACACGAUGCCUACGACGGCCAUUUUUGUAUUUCAAGGAACGGCCUUCGACGAAGUCGACGGAAAUUUUGGCGUCCUGAACGGCACCAUCGAGCGGGUUCGGUUGAGGCAACUGGAUGAAGGUGAUCUGGAGCGAUGCGUGCGUCAGGAGGCGGCUUCUCUGGGUUACAACGUGGAGGAGAACCCGCGACUGCUGCGCGCCGUGAUGGAAAGCAUGGACGUGAACCGGUACGGAUGUAAGGCCGUGCUGGCCAAGCUUGGCUUCUACUGGCAGCAGGGGUUGGGAAGCACGGGAGAGUGAUAUUGUGAUUAUAGGAAAUAACUAACGAUUGUGAUUGUCUUGCUCACUGUAAAUUUAUUGUCAAUUUUAGCGAGGGUAGAAUCUCAAAGUAAUAAAAAAACUAUUUAGGAGCAAACUAAUGUUUAAUUUUUUACUCAAAAAUGUUUCAUCGUACAUAGUCAGACUUAACCGGAACGGGGAAAUGAAACUUGUUUGCUCACUUUCUACUGAACUGUUGACCUCUUUACUUGUCCAAUUGAUCCACGGGUUAGAAUUCAUUAAUUUUCGACAUUUUUACACGGGACUCACACUUACUCUCAAACCAAACGUUUGGUAGUAAGUAUGAGCUCUGUGUAAAGAGGGUGUCAAACUUAAAAGUGGCCCCGUUUGUUUGACAACAGUUGGCGUCAAACCAACGGGGUUUCAGUGUAUUUAGUUUACUCAAAAGUUAUGAACUGUCACUUUUCAUACGGCGCCCCCUUACAUUAUCGAAAAAUAAAAAGUUUGUUGAAGGGUUUGACAUCCCUUAAAUAACACAAUACAUAAUAGCAAUUAUUACAUAAAGUAGAAAUGUUGUGCAUGUUUAAAACUUCACCUAUAUGUUAAGCUUUCUUACUAAUAAAUAAACAGCCUAGCUUCCUCAAAAAUAUUUCUAUAGCGAACGCAAAUAGUAGCGUAAUUAGAAUUGGUCGUUACAUGUUACGUUUAGCACCCACAUUUUUUUUAGUAAUCCGUUUUCCGUUGUAGUUGUACAACUCGUUUCUGUUCAGUAUUCUAAACCCACAAAAAGAAAAUAAUUUCGUCCGCUAACCAACAAUGUAGCUUUGUAAUAGAAAAUUUAAAAUAAUAACCUCAAAAUAAACACAAUAAAAGCAACUUACCAGUGUUCGUGACCGUGACGUGAAAUGUGCGUGAAUCCCUACCGAAAGCUAUUGAGAAGGUGUGUUUUAAACCUGUGCAUUGUGCAGCCUAAAUUAGAGUAUGUAAAUAUUCUGGAAACUUCACACCCACACUAACAAAACCAUACACACGCCCAUACGCCCGCGCGUACAUCCCUCGUCCAGAUCAUGUACAAAAUCGAAGAAAAAAUGUUUUAGUUAAAACUAGCAAGAUUUUCUGUUGGUUUAGUUGUGCAACGAUUGGCCGGCCACACAAUGCUUCUCUCAGUGACAUUUG